AUGCCGCUCAGAGUUAAGGCACUUUAUGAUUGUUUUGCCGAAGAUGCUUCGGAGUUAUCUUUCAGGAAAGGCGACAUAAUCGUCGAUGUGGUCGAAACGGAAGAACUAGGUUGGUUGCGCGGUAGAAAGGAAAAUUCUCAGGAAUUCGGACUUAUACCGGAGAAUUAUGUAGAAGUAUGCGAAGAAAAGGCGCCACCGAAACUUCCACCACGUUUACCUCCAAGGAAACCGAUCCAAGACGCAGAAAAAUUAAAUUCAUCCAAUGAGGUUCCUCAGUCGAAAACUACAACUAUCGGAAAUAA